CGGGGAGGCGGGGCCGGGCUGCGCCGCUCUGGCACCGCCCACCCGGGACCCGGGGACCGAGCGACAUGGAGCCCAGUGUCCAAGAUGAAGCUGUGGAUAAAAGCACCUUUAAGGAAUGCAAUCAGAUUGGUUUUUACAGGCGUCACAAACUUCUACAUCCUGGAAAAUCCUUGUAUCGAGCAUUGUUGGAUUCUGUCACAUUAAGCGAUGAGAGUGUCAAAUUCCAAAUUAUUCAUGAGAAGAAUAAGGUUCUUCUGCAAGUAGAAAUUUGUGAAAUAGAAGGCAAUAUUUUCAGGCUUAAAAUUGAUGAGGCAGCUCCUCUCAGAGCAAGGUACAAAGUUCCCGAUGUUCUUAUAAAGGAACCUACCACACAGAGACUCUUUAUAUCCCAGAAGGAGGCAGGUAUUUUGGUGCUGUCAAGUCUUAAUGAGGACUACAGACUUCAAGUCACAGCAAACCCCUUCCAUGUUGAGCUACAGUCCAAGGGUGAGACUCUUCUGAGCAUGAAUUCCAAUGGGUUGUUAUAUUUUGAGCACCUACAACCACGUCCCAGUGAUAGAAAACCUACAGCAGAAAGCAAGGAGGAGGCAGCAAGUGAUUGCUCUAAGGAGAAACAAGAGGAUCUAGGUCUCUGGCAAGAGAAAUUUGGCAGUUUCUUAGACAUCAAAGCUCAUGGUCCUAGUUCUGUAGGCGUGGACUUCUCUCUACAUGGAUUUGACCAUGUUUAUGGCAUACCACAACACACAGAAGGACUUCUUCUCAAAAACACCAGUGAUGGUGAUGCCUACCGGCUUUAUAAUUUGGAUAUCUUCGGCCACAAGAUACAUGACAAAAUAGGCAUUUAUGGUUCAGUGCCCCUUCUCUUAGCACACAAGCCUAACAGAACUUCAGGGAUCUUCUGGCUGAACUCUUCAGAAACUCUGGUGGAUAUUAAUACAAAGGCAGUAGCUGAGCACAUGUCAUCCAGAUCUGCUGCAGAGACUGCUAAGCAGAGAGCAGUGCCUCUCACUGAUGUGCGCUGGAUGUCAGAAAGUGGGAUCAUUGAUGUUUUCCUGCUGAUGGGACCCACUGCAUUUGAUGUCUUCAAGCAGUUUGCACAACUGACAGGCACUCAAGCACUGCCCCCUCUUUUUUCUCUGGGCUACCAUCAGUGCCGCUGGAAUUACGAGGAUGAGCAAGAUGUCAAAGCAGUAGAUGCUGGCUUUGAUGAACAUGACAUUCCUUAUGAUGUGAUAUGGCUGGACAUAGAGCACACAGAUGGCAAGAGGUAUUUUACUUGGGACAAAAAGAAAUUCCAGAACCCCAGAAAGAUGCAAGAGCAUCUCAGGAAGAAAAAACGCAAGCUUGUCGUCAUUAUAGACCCCCACAUUAAGGUUGAUCCCAUGUACACCCUGUAUUCACAGGCAAAAGACAAGGGAUAUUUUGUGAAAGACAGAAAUGGGAAAGAUUUUGAGGGCAUCUGUUGGCCAGGUUCCUCUUGCUACUUGGAUUUCACCAAUCCUGAAGUGCGAAAAUGGUAUGCAGAUCAAUUUGCCUUCAAAACAUACAAGGGAUCCACUAAUAUCCUCUUUGUAUGGAAUGACAUGAAUGAGCCCUCAGUCUUCAAAGGGGCAGAACUAACAAUGCAGAAAGAUGCUCUGCACUACAACAGCUGGGAGCAUCGGGAAGUACACAACCUCUAUGGAUUCUACCAGCAAAUGGCAACUGCAGAAGGACUCAUCAGACGUGCUUCAGGAAAAGAAAGACCAUUCGUCCUCACACGAUCUUUCUUCGCUGGAUCACAGAAGUAUGGGGCAGUGUGGACUGGAGACAACACCGCAGAGUGGAGUUACUUGAAAAUAUCCAUACCAAUGCUUCUUACUAUCAGCAUGGCAGGGAUUUCAUUCUGUGGAGCUGAUGUGGGAGGGUUUAUUGGAGAUCCAGAACCAGAAUUACUUGUUCGCUGGUAUCAGGCUGGAGCCUACCAGCCCUUCUUCAGAGGUCAUUCUAACAUGGAGAGCAAACGGAGAGAACCGUGGCUCUUUGGGGAGAAGAACACCCAGAUCAUCAGGGAAGCCAUUAGAGAGCGCUACGUCCUCCUGCCAUACUUAUAUACACUGUUCUAUCGGGCACACACAGCGGCUGAACCGGUCAUGAGGCCUCUCUGGGUAGAGUUUCCAGGGAAAAUUGAAACUUUUGGUGUGGAAAAUGAGUACAUGCUGGGAAAUGCUUUGUUGGUGCAUCCAGUCACAGAGCAAGACGCCAAGGCAGUGAGUGUUCUGCUUCCAGGAUCAGAGGAGAUUUGGUAUGAUUUCAGAAAAUUUAAACACAUGGAAGAUCUAGGCACUCUGAAGAUCCCAGUAACACUGGAGAAUAUUCCAGUGUUCCAGCGGGGGGGCACUGUGAUACCUCUGAAGACCAUGGCUGGAAAAUCCACUGAAUGGAUGACAGAUAUUUCUUAUGAACUCCGUGUGGCCCUGGACACAGAGGCCUGUGCAAUAGGUGAGCUCUACCUAGAUGAUGGACAUUCAUUUCAGUAUCUCCACAAGAAGCAAUUCCUGUAUCGGAAAUUCACUUUCCACAAGAACAUUCUCUCUUCAAGCUGCACAGAUGAAAGUGGACAAUACCACACUGCAUGUGUGGUUGAACGGGUGAUAAUUCUGGGAUUUGGACAACAACCCACUUUUGUGACAGCCUAUUCCAAAGGUGGGAAAGAAAAAGAAGUGGUUUUUACAUAUACUACGAAGACCUCUACACUAACACUGGAAAAUGUAGCUCUGCGUGUUGAUGCUGACUGGGAGAUUUGCAUCAACUGAAAAGAGACACAAGUUCUUCAGAGAAUUCAUUGAGAUGUUGGGGGAAAAUAACUUGGGAGGACUUAAAAUGUUCACUUGAAUCCAAUCAAAUCAAGGAACAUACUUCCCAGUCACACCCUCAAACUAACAUGUCCUACAGUUUUUCUUUUAAAGCAGUAUUUAAACUUGGAUAGCUCUUCUGUUCAGCAAAAGUAAUAGCACUAGGAUUAUGUCUAUGGGGGAAAAAAGCUAAAUACUAUUUACUCCAGGCUAGCUUCAGUUAGGCAUGAAGGUUGAGUUCCACCUUCGAUGGCACCAAAAAAUUAUAAAUUGAUGGGGUGAGAUUGUGCCUCAUUGGUGUGAAGUUUAAGUAUUUGGAAGUCCCACUAUUCAGAGACUAGAAUAAUUGAGAAGAGCAGAUCUGGGCCUCAGUAGGUAUGCCAAGCACAGAGGUUAUCAUUCUUUAGCUGCCUCAUAGAAAAUGAACACAGAAGCCACCCAGUGUGAUUAUAGGCACUUCCCCUUUCCACACCUUAUUGCAAUGCAAAAUUAGGCAGUCUGUACAGGAAGGUAAACAUCAGGCUAGCCAAAUAGUUCACUCACUGGAGGUAAGGUUUGAGUAGGUUGUGCCGGUCAGUUGUGCAAUAGUAAAAGACUAAAGAUAGUAAUGUGGGAGUUCGUCUCUCCAUUAGCUGGCUUUGAAAUUGAUGUUUGGAUUUUGAAAAGGUGCAGGUCUACAUAAGUGCAAUACUGGCUUAGGGAAGCAGCUACUCACGUGGAAACAUUUUCCAUGUCAUUGCUCGCCUCUCUCUCUGCUAGCACUACUUAAAAAAAAAAAAGUUUUUUGUUAGGAAAGAAUAGUCAUCUUUGGAUGAUUGGAUGGCAUUGCUUAAAGCCAGCCCAGUGAAGCAGCUCUGCUUAUGGAGAGCUCUGCUUCUCUGCUUCUUUCAACUCUUGCCAAGGUUUGGCUUCCUUUACACAUACUUUAAUGAUUUCUUGGUCAGUUUCUAGUGUCUGGCUGAGAUUUGAGCUUGAUAUUUAUGAAACAAAUUUUUAACUUUAAUGGAUUAGCUCUGCAUUUAACAAUUCCGCUUCAAGCUUAUUCACACGUUCUCUUACAACUCAUCCUCACCUUCCCUUGCCUCCUUUUCCCACCCUCUCUGCAAACAGUAUUUGUUUGUCCUGAUGCUUUCUUUGCUCUCAAACCUAAGAGACAUCCUGGCACCACAUGCCCUACAUCCUGUCUGUGCCCACAGCCUUUUCCGUGUCAGGCAUCUCUUUUCAUAGGCUACCAAUGCACCGCAAGUGUAGCAAUUGCCCCUUCCAUUUGCUACACUUGUCAACUCUAUUAUUUUAAAACCAGUUCUGCUUUGAUUCAUACUUGAACAUGCCAUCAGUUGGGUUUUGUGGAUAUAAAAGUUUAAAAUUUACUUAUUUCUUGUAAGAUAGGAAGAGGAAUAGCAAGAUAAGAAAGUCUUUUCUAAAAACAUCAGUAAAUUAACUCUUAGGAAACAAAGAAGGAUUGUCACCGCUUUUGCCAACUAAAGGUAACGUAACAGUCCCUUCGUACGUUUUUCCCUACUCUUCUUACUAAGCCCUCCCUGUGCUUGGUCAGUUAUUCCCACCUGCUGCUGUUUGUCCUCCACAGGGCGGAUUUCUGGGAAUAGCAAGUGUGAGGGCAGACUGCGACUAGUCUCUUGACUACCAAGCACGGUUUGUUCCCCACAAAAUCUAUAGGUUCCUUUUUUCGUUUUGCAGACUGUUUGUCAGCCCCUUCUAGCAGACAGUAUGAGCAUCCACUCCAGGAACCGGCAGCCUAAAUACUGCUGUCCUUAAUGCAGACAAGUUAAUCCAGGUAGAACAGUAGCAAAUAGAUCUUUUACAUCUAUAAGAAGAGAGACAGACCCUGGUUUUAAGAUAGACCCUAUUUUUGUAUCUGCUUCUUAGCUUUGAUUGAUAAUUUCUUCUUAUGUUUAAGCAUAGCAGAGCUUCUCACAGCGUGUAAUUAUUGUCUGUGGCAUUUUAAUAAAAUGUUUUAAUUGGUGUUUCUGAAGUUGGAAAGUAAGUGAAAUAAAGUAACAAGGAGGUGAGUUACAUGCCUUAUUCCUUCCAACCUUCUUUCUACUGUUGAGAAUCACUCCUAAGUAUUCUUCCAAGAAUAUGUGGUAGUGAAUGGCUAGCUUUUAUGCUCUGGCCCUCAGUAUGAUAUCUGCACAGUAGUAAGUACUCAUGGCUCGAAUUUGCAGUAGUAUGAAGUGCCCAACUUCUAUGGAUUUCAAUAGGAAUUAGUUGCUGAAAAUCUUGGCAGUUGUGUCUUUAGAUCUGAGGAAAUAAAUUUCAAAAAAUAUAAUUUACAUUGAUAUAUGUAGCAACUUACAUACUUUUCCACAUAUUUAUGCCAUAAAUGAAGAAAUAAGUUCGUAGCAUAUCUUUACCAAUAAAGUAAUUUAAUUCAAUUAGUGCAAACAACUGGAGAUAAAAAUUGAUAAAAAUUAAGUAGAAAUAUUAUCAUCCAUAUAGUUCACUUUUGCUCUGUCUGAACAGGUCAGCUAUUGGGGUGCUUCUUUUUGCAUGAAAUUAAAUCGUAAAAUGUGGUUUAAUUGCUAAUGGACAAAGGGUUUAUUUUGCUGUUUGCAGCAGACAGCACAUCAGUUCUUCUCUAUGGUAAACUGUUGCUUUAAAGACACCAUUUGUCUUUUACCAUGAACUUCUGUUUUUCACAAAAAAACCCAAAACUAUAUAACAAAAUCAUCAGUCCAGUAAAAAAUAAGAAAAGGAGAAGCUGUUUUUUUGAACAAGUAUAAGCACAAAAUGCUCCUGAACAUCUGUGAAGAGCGGGUUUGGGUUAGAAGUGAGAAGUGCAUGUGCACCUGCCAUUCCCUGUGCAGACACUAACUGAAUUCUUAGCUGUACUGUAGCAGUAGCAGCAGGUCAUACUCUUGACACUUGCUGACCAUACCAAGAAAAAGAAAGUUAUAAAAAUACUAAUAAACCUUCACUUAAUCCUCGCUUGCAGCUCACAAGGAGAUUGUCGAAUAUGACACCUGUGCUACUGACAUUCUUCUUGAAACAGAGGUCUUUGUACACGAUUUUUUGUAUUGGGCAAGAAGGGAGAAUAUGAAAGAACAUUUGCACAGUCUUCAAAAUGAGCACUUUUGCUGAAACUGUGCAGUUAGAGGCCCAGGCAUCUCAGUACUUGCAUUGCUUUUGAAAUAUCCUGGAAAGAGUGACACAUGGCUCUGCCAAGCUGUCCUGCAAAGUAAUGUCAAACAUGAGAGCUGAAAUCCUUGCAGCUAAAUGUAACGAGGAAGUCAUCAAUUCUUCAUCUGGACAACUCACCCUGAAGAAAUUGCGUUCCUAUUUCCAUGAACACUUGAAUCUAUCCUUUUUGAUUGUCCUGUUGGUGCAAGAAGGCUUGCAUUUGUGAUAAAAAAAACAAUUUAGGCUACCAUUAGAAGACUAAAGUUUAAUACUCCCAGACUUCAGUCAAGCUUGCCAACUGUAUUCCCUUCUUUAAAAGUUCC